GGCCGCCGCGCAGAGCCCGCGCCCUCUCCCGCGCCGCGUCCUCCCGUUGUCUUGCCCCGCCAUGAAGUUGAGCGGCCGCGGCCGGGGAUGCUGCGCGGGCGGUAGCCGGGAGCGCGGGCCGCCGCCGCGGAGCCCCUUCGUGCACCAGCUGCGCUUCAGCCCCCUGGAGAAAGCCAAGAUUGCCUUCAUGACCUUGACUCUGUUUCCUAUCCGACUCUUUUUUGCUGCUUUUAUGAUGUUGCUGGCCUGGCCUUUUGCGUUCAUUGCUUCAAUGGGAUCUGAUGAGCAAGAGCUUGAAAAGCCCCUCUCCUGGUGGCGAAAGAUAGUGGAUAUUUUGCUGAAAGCAAUAAUGAGAAUGAUGUGGCUUGCUGGUGGAUUCCACUGGAUAAAUGUAAAAGGCAGACGGGCAUUGCCAGCAGAAGCAGCAAUAUUAACGGUGGCUCCCCAUUCUUCCUACUUUGAUGCCAUUCCAGUAACUAUGACCUUCGCCUCCAUUGUGAUGAAGGCAGAAAGCAAAGAUAUUCCUGUUUGGGGAACUCUGAUCAAAUAUAUCCGACCAGUAUUUGUAUCUCGGUCAGACCAGGAUUCUCGCAGGAAAACUGUUGAAGAGAUAAAGAGGCGUGCCCAGUCUGAUGGUAAAUGGCCACAGAUAAUGAUAUUCCCAGAGGGCACUUGCACAAACCGAUCCUGUCUAAUUACAUUCAAACCUGGAGCAUUUAUUCCUGGGGUUCCUGUACAGCCAGUGGUUUUACGUUAUCCAAACAAACUGGACACAAUCACAUGGACAUGGCAAGGGCCAGGAGCGUUUGAAAUUCUGUGGCUUACUUUAUGUCAAUUUCACAAUUCUGUGGAAAUCGAGUUUCUACCCGUGUAUGUUCCUUCAGAAGAAGAACGAAAAAAUCCAGUGUUAUAUGCCAAUAACGUCAGGCGUGUAAUGGCAGAGGCAUUGGGAGUUCCAGUGACGGACUACACAUUUGAAGACUGUCAGCUGGCUUUGGCUGAGGGACAGCUUCGUCUGCCUUCAGAUACGUGUCUUUUAGAAUUUGCAAAGCUUGUGAGAAGCCUUGGGCUGAAGCCGGAAACACUUGAAGAUGAUCUUAAUAAAUAUGCUGCCAGUGCCAUGAAAAUGAAGAAAGAAAAGGUUGAUCUCAAAGAAUUUUCAGCCUACUUGGAAUUUCCUGUUUCUCAGACAUUAGAAAGUAUGUUUGCACUUUUUGAUGAGAAUGAAGAUGGUGUAAUUGACAUUCGGGAAUUUGUCGUUGCUCUGUCAGUUGUCUGUAAGCCAUCCAAAACUCUGGAAACAAUUCAGCUGGCAUUUCAGCUGUACCAGUCAGAAGGUGGAACUGUAACAGAAGAGGAUUUAGGUCAUAUUCUGAAGACUGCCAUGGGUGUGUCACAAAUUGAUGUUACACAUCUUUUUAGAGCUGUAGAUGAAGAGGAAAAAGGAAAGAUUACAUAUGAUGACUUCUACACAUUUGCUGUGUUGCACCCACACUUUGCAGAAGAAUAUCUCUAUGCUGAUCAGGUGGGAGCUGAUAGCGGCUUGGAGACUUCAUCUCUUUCUGCUCCUAAUGGUAUCUGUACUGACUUCAGCCCUGACAACAGUGCAGAUAGAAGGAAGCCCUUGCAGAAGAAACUGAAUUAACACUACAACUGUUACCUUCCUCUCCUGGUGAGAGGGUUGUAUUUUCUUGGGAUUUUCAUAAGUCACUCCAAUUAUACAGCGAAUACCAGUUUUGUGUGUGAAAGUUCUACCUGAAUACCAUCCUUUGAAUCAUAUGUGCUAUGUUUAACAACAUGUUCCAGGUUACUUUGGAAAGGUGUUUUUAUUUUUUUUAAAGGUCUUUGAAAGGCAAAAAUGUGAAUGUGCUUCAUUAUUAAUGUUCAUAUUUAAGAGGAAGCGGCACAACUUAUUUAUAUUCCAUUGGCUAGUUCCAUGUACCAAGUGUCGCACAAACUGUGCAUGUAUAAAGAAACUGUAGCUACUAUGGUGUAAAGUGCACUUUGGUGAUUAGUGUUUUCCCUAGUUAUGGGGAUGUUUAUUUGGGGCCAAACUUUGCUGUCCAUAUCUGAAUAGUCAGUCUUGUUGAUUUUUGGUGGGAAUUAUUCUCUUGAGCAAGGCAAGCAUACUUUGGCCCUUUGUUUUGGUUUCAGUGAGCAGUUUGGAAACAGUAAUACAAAAACUUGCUAAGGAUUACUUCUUUUAUUUUUAUUGCUGAAUGACAAAAUUGUUUCUCUUUCCAUGGUAGAAUGAAAAGGAAAGGCUCCUUAUCCCUCACCCCAACACUUUUCUACUGUAAUCUUCCAGAUGCAAUUAAACAUGAAUUCUUUCCAAACUGGCAUGCCACAUACUGUUUGAAAAUACAUAACUGAACUGUUUGUGCUUUUCUCUCAUAACCAAUUCAAUUUAUGUCCACACAACAUUUUAUGGGAGAUGUAUAAAGAGCUAUAUUUGAUUUAGAUUUAUCAGGAAUCACAGGUUUCUUUUGCAGCAAGCCUGUACAGAUAACAUAGCAUGGAAUACAUGAUGAAAACUUUGGUGUAUCAGCACAAGUUGGAAAAGGUUGCAGUCACUUCAGAGGCCAAGCCAGCAACAAGUUGCAGAACAUCCUGGAAAAGUGCUAGUUAAAUCUCUAUAGCAACAUUACAUAUACUUCAUAGAACAUAUAUGAAGCUUAGAAUAGUUUAGAACUGUUUAAAAAACAACCAUGCUUGUAUUAGUAAUACAUGUGUUUCCUUUGGUAAAGCCUGAUGCCUUAACUGCUGCUGGAGGUCUUGGAGAAAAAUCUAGAUUAUUAUAAAACUACAGAUCUUCACUGAUUAGGAAAUGUGACAAAAGCCUCAAGGGGUAGGAGGGAGGACUCUGUCACAAAAGAACUGUGAUGGCAACUCUGCUUCCAAACAAAAAAAAUCUUUUAAAUAAUUUCUGACUGGUUUUGUAGGGUUUUGUGCAUGGAAAACUAUUGAGAUUAGAGUUUUCCACUAAGGAAUUUAAAACUAGAUUUGAAAGGGAAGAAUUUUAGCAAAGGAUGUCUGUUUGUACCAAAUGCUUUUAUAACCAUUUUUUAAAUAGCAGGAGGUGUUUUAAAGCUCAUUAGGGUAUUGGAACAUGUCCUUAGAAAUCCCAAACUCUAUGUGGCAGGUCUCCAAACUGGAACUGGCUUUAAUAAAGAGGGUAGGAGGAAAAAAUGUAAGAAAAUAUGCUUUAUGGGGGUAUGUGGCAGUAAUCGUUUAAUUUUUGAUUUAUCUAGGUAACAAAAGCCAAGCUCACAGGGCAGCAGCAGACUGGCUGGCAAUAUUUGAAUUAAAACUGACCAUGAAAAAUAGGAGAAAUUGACUGAAAAAAUAAGACCUAUGAGAAACUGCAUUCAAGUAGGAAUAGUCAGCUGCACAGAGGAGGGACUGAGUAUUACUGUGCUAUAUCUUGAGGCAGAGAUGGCACAGAAUAUGUCAAACUGAGCACUGUUCACUCUUUGCUGUAGAAAAGAUGCUCAUGAUAGAGGGGUGCAUCAGCAUGUGGCCUGUAAGAAGCAGGGUGGUAUUUCUUUGUUACCAAGGUGUGAUAAGGUUUUAUCUGUGGUACCUGUUCAUACUGGGGCACCUGAGAGAGAUGGGGUGCAACUGAAUAAAGUCUGGUGGACAGAAAGUACUCAAAAAGAGAUCAAAAGUAUCCAUUAAUCCAAAGAAGAGGAGACUGAAGGAAGAUGUGAACAAACUUUAAAUAUGGAAAAAGUUGCUAUAGAGGAAAUAGGAACACUCUUCUCCACGAGGAUGGUAGAUGCUAGCUAUUAAUUGAAAAGACAAGCAUUAGGAAAAGUCUCUUACAAUAUGCCUUAUUAAGCUAAGGUGAAGGGUUAUUUCA